GAAUAGAGAUCUCAUAUGAUAAGAACUGCAUCAAAUAAAUGGUUUCCUUUGUCCAUUAGAAUUAAUCCUUUUUGAUCAUUUUCACAUUUCAUUCUCUUCUGGUCACAACCGUUCAUCAAAAUCGUUGCCAAUAUGGCCUUUGGCUGCAAUGGAAAAGCUGCCAUUGGCGAAUCAUCAAAAGGACAUCUUUUGCCUAAAGAAGAAACCCCUAUUCUUGAAAAUUCAAAAUCUUGUCUUCCUAAAACAUUUGCCAAUUUCUUUAUUGCUAUUGUUGGGGCUGGUGUUCUUGGUCUUCCUUAUACUUUUAUGAGAACUGGUUGGAUUACUGGCCUUGUCACCCUUUUUUCUGUUGCUGCUUUAACUUAUCAUGGUAUGAUGCUUUUAAUCCAUACAAGAAAAAGACUUGAUCUUUCCUUAAUUGGUGAUUCAAAGAUUUCUUCUUUUGGCGAUCUUGGUUUUGUUGUUUGUGGUCCUAUAGGUAGAUUUGCUGUUGAUGUUAUGAUUGUUUUAGCUCAAGUUGGAUUCUGUAUUGGAUAUCUUAUUUUUAUUGGCAAUACUUUGUCUCACCUUUUGAGUUUGUCAAAAGGUUUUGGUAUUCCUUUGUUUUCCUCUGCUAAGAGUUUGUACAUAUGGGGUUGUUUUCCAUUUCAAUUGGGAUUAACUUCUAUUCCCUCAUUGACACUUUUAGCCCCUUUGAGUAUAUUCGCGGACGUAGCACAAAUUGGUGCAAUGGGCGUAGUUAUGGUUGAGGAUGUGCUGACUUUUACGAAUCAAUGGCCGUCGGAUAUACAUGCUUUCGGGACAGUUUCCACCUUCUUUUAUGGAUUAGGCGUCGCGCUUUAUUCAUUUGAAGGAGUUGGAAUGGCUAUACCUUUAGAAGCAGAAAUGAAAGACAAGUCAAAGUAUGGGAAAAUAUUGGCUUUGUCAAUGUUCUUGAUUGCUUUAAUGUAUGGAACAUUUGGAGUGAUGGGGUAUUUUGCAUUUGGUUCAAGUACAAAGGAUAUAGUCACAUCUAAUAUGGCUAAAGGAAUAUUAAGCACAUUGGUAAAAGUUGGUCUUUGUAUUAAUUUGUUCUUCACAUUUCCCUUGAUGUUAAAUCCAGCUUUUGAGGUAUUUGAGAGGAGAUUUUGUGAUGGAAAUUAUUGUGUUUGGAUGAGAUGGAUACUUGUUUUGGGAGUGACAUUAGUGGCUUUAUUGGUUCCUAAUUUUGCUGAUUUUAUGUCAUUGGUUGGUAGCAGUACUUGUUGUGCACUAGGAUUUAUUUUGCCAGCACUAUUUCAUUAUCAGGUAUUUAAAGAAGAUAUGGAUCGAAAAGGAGCAUUUUUUGAUUUGGGAUUAAUAGCCUUAGGGGUGUUUUUUGGAGUUUCUGGUACUUGGUAUUCCCUAGUUGAGAUGUUUGCUGAUGCCAAAAUUGUUUAAUAUAUUCCAGCUUGUGUUCAUUAAUCAGUUAAUACGAAUUGGAUCAUGUAAUAGGAGUAUUAUAAUUCUUGAAUCCCAUUUCAUUGUGUGAUUGAAAUAUUUACUAUGUAGUUAGUAAUUGUUUAUGAGCUUUUUGGUGUCUUAUUAAUCGUUUUGGAAUGUGAUGCUUUGUUCUUGCUU